UUCCUUUGCCCUCCAAGUUCCCUCAGGGCGAGGGCCGGAGCGACACCGGCUCGCGCAUGCGCACAGGAACGGAGCCGUUGUCUAUAGAGAGGCGGGGGUCUCUCUCUCCCUCGCGUCUUGUUCCGGUCAAAACCGGAAGUUGGCUGGCGGCGACCGUUGCCGUAGAAACGCGGCGCUGUUUACCACCGAGAACGGGUCGCCUGCGCGCAGGGCAGCUGGAUGGAGUCGCGGCCAGGCUGCAAAACCAGCGACUCCCUGGAGAUCCUCCUGGACUGACGGCCUUCCGGGUGCCCGGAGCCGCCAGUCACCCGGAGCCCAUGGAGCAUCUUCGGCAGGCCUCCUGAAAAGCAAUGGCCGCUGCCUCACCCCUGACUGUCUCACCCUCUGAACGGAAGGUCCCCUUCGGCAUUGCAAAGUCUCCCCGCUGGCCGCCACUCCCCAGCGUCGCCAUGCAUGUCACCCGGCCAAAAUCCGCCAAGGGGCGCACCCGGUCCAACCUGAGCUAUUCCCAGAGUCUGGGGGCCUACUCCUACCAAGUGCCAUCGUCUCCCCAGCCAGUUGCCACUCCUGGGGAGGAAGCGGUCAGUGGCCGCAGGACAGCCUCCUCCCAGCCCAUCCAGGCCUUCCCAGCCGAAGUGCCGGACCUCCUCCAGCAAGUGCCCACCAGGACCUCGUCUUCCCUCAAUAAGUAUCGGGUGCUGCCGUCCAUCAGCAGGAAGGAACGGAGGAUGGGCACUGCCGAAGUGAUGUUUGAGCAGGCUGGUCAGCUCCUAGCCGGUGCUGCCGAGGCAGAAGAGGGCCCCCAGGAUCCUUCUCUGCCGAAGGGGCCCACCUCUCUCCUGCUGGAGCACAAGGGGGGAGGCGGAGAGUACCCCCAGCCCCCCUUUACUUCCUUGGAGGGGCCUCAGCUGAAUAGAAAGAGGGAAGGACGUUCUCCCACCAUGCUGACUCUCAACCUGGAGGAGCCCUGCGAGGAGCCCCGGCUGCUGCUGGCCAUCCGCUCGCCUUCGGGGGAAAGGUUCGAACGCUACUUUCGACCCACAGAUAACCUGGCAAUGGUGGUCGCCGUGGCCGAGCAGAAGAACGCAGCCACCUAUCGACGCUGCAGCAUCAGGACAGUGGAAGUGCCCCGCAGGACCUUCUCGGACCUCAGCCGGUCUUUGCAGGACUGCGCCAUUCACCACAAGUCUGUGCUGUGCAUCCUGCUGGACGAGCAGCAAGGGGAGCUCUGAGCAGCCUCGCAUUAACACCCCCCGCCCGGGAAGGAAACUCAGCCCCCUCCCAGCCUUUGUCCGCUCCUUUAGACUUAGCCGCUGCCCCUCCCGGGACCCUUGCUCACCCAGGUCUCCCUGCUCAGCCAAAAGGGGUGCAGCCUUUGCUUUCAGGCACCUGUUGAGGGCCCAUUGCCCGCCCCCCCCAUCUGCAUUCCACCAGGUAGGCAGGGGGUAUUUAUGCUCAGGGGAGUUUCUUCCCAUCCCUCCGAUAAAUCUUUCCUUCCUUCUCCCUUUCUCAUCCAUCCAUCCUUCCCUCCCUCCCGAUUCAAUCUGAUUUGAAUCUAGAAGAGUGGCAAGGAAACCACUCACAAUCAGCACAGGGGCAGCAGGAGCUCCCCACACCGUGCCUUUUGCUCCAGAUUCUCUCUUGCGCAGCUUUGGUUGCACAGGGAAGGUGCAGAUAAUCCCUUUUUGGGGUGGGGGUGGAGGGAGAGAGAGAGGGGAGUGAAAGCUUUUGCACAAGACAGAAAGACUGGCCUUGCCCGAGGGAAGGCCAGAGCCCUGAGGCUCCAUUUCAAGGCUUCUACUCUCCAUUCUGGUGAGGGAGGGGGAGAGGGCUAGAUAAAGACUCUUGAAAUUGCUCAGCCUUCUCAAGGUCUGUUACUGCAUUUUAAUCAAAUUUAUUUUACAAGAUUAUGGCACAAAUUAAGUCUGGAAGGAUCCUCCCUGAAAGGGCUCUCUCUCCAGUGUAAAUUUGAAAUUCAGUGUUGUUUCUUGCAAUCAGUUCAGAGCCCUUGGCCAUUUGGGUGCCGAUACAGCCAUGGAAGUGUGUUUGCGUUUCGCAUUGUGGCCUUCAGUUUUGCCUAGGGAGUGGGGCGGGGGGGAGGGGGCUUUUCCUGAAGGGCUGCUGCUGAGUUUUGAACAAACAAAUCAACUUGCUUUGAUUAAGAGUGGCCUGUUGGUGUUAUCAAAAUGCCAUUUUUUUUUCUUCCUUAAACUGUAUUUGAAUGUUUUAAAGAAAAACGUUUCUCUGUCCGCAGGCAGAGUUUGAACUCUCAGUAUUCUGCACAAUGAGACAUGCUAACAGAGUGGACAGCUUGCCAAAAACAACCUGUCUUGUGUUGAGUGUUGAUUUCUUAGCCCAGAGUGUUGAUUUCUUAGCCCAGACAGGCCAAAGGUCACUGGGAGGCAGGAAGGGAACUUCCCAGGGUGCUGGUGUCCGGCCAUUCAGCAGGGCCUGGGGGCUCAAUUCAGCUGUGGCCAGGGGCUGCUUUAACCUAUCAACAGCAGGGCCUGCUUUCUCCCCCUAGGGUCCACCCAACAUGGAAGCUCAGUACUGGGAAGUGGGCACCUUGCCUUGGCCUGGUCUGCUUUGAGCUGUUGGGGGGGGGGGGGGAGGAGGCGAGGCGAGCUGGCAUUGUGCACUGCUCAGUCAAAGUGGGCAGCUGGGAACUGUAGUCACCCGAAGGCCACCUAGUUGAGGGAAGGUGAUAGAAACAGCCCUAUACAUUUCUUUGAUAUGGGGGGGGGGAGGGAGAAUGUUCCCACGUGAUGAAGUGCUGGUUUUUAUGCCUUCCACGCUGACACAGACCGGCUGGAUCAAUUUGAAAACUGCCUGGGCAAACCGCCCCCCCCCCCCCCGAUUUCCUAGGGAACAGGGGUGGACUCACUAACUGUACGGGAGGCGGAAUAAUGGCUUUUUUGGCAGACGGUUAGGGAACUUGGUCACCGUAGCCACACGUAAGGUAUCCUGAGGGAGAAUAUACACACUUAAAAACAUCAGCAGGUGAAUUUAACCCUAAAUAUUUGGGCUUCAGCUUUGAUGCUCAUUUCCGUCACCCUUCCAGGUAAUGGGGCGAGCACAGGAAGAUGGGUGGAGUAAAAAAAUAAUAAAGAAGCCUGCAU